UGAAUUUUAAUUUACCUAUAUAUUUCUAAUUUUUAAUAAGUAAUAUUAUAAAAAUAUAAUUAGUGUGUUUAUCAAAUUUCCACCCAAGAGGAACCAAUUUUAGAAAAAAUAAUUUUUUUCGGACAGUUAACUAUUUUGGUCAUCACUUAUCAUUGUAAUACGAGUAUUUAAAAAAUAAAAUAAACAAAUUAUAAAAGGGAUAUAAUUGACUCCGAUACAAUUUAUUUAUUAUAUAUUGUUUUUAUUCAUAAAGUUUAAUUGGUAUAUGGACUCUACCCUCCAAAAAUAAGAUAUUUUCUAUUGUGAUAAGUAAAGUGGUAACUGAUAAUACACAAUACACGUUAGAGGCGAGUAUUUAGGAUUUUGUCGCCCUGGGUAGGUACACAUUUUUUUACAACUGCUUAAAUCAGUUUAAAAAUAAAACCUUCCAGUUAAAUGUACCCUGCCUUCCAAAUAAGUACUGCCCGGGGAAAUUACUCCCCUUGCCCCUCCCUAAAUACGCCUUUGAUACACAAAUAUACUUACUAUAAUAUCCUGCAGUAUUUCUAUCAUAAAAGUCGCGGGCGGGCGGGACACCAGAAAAUUACUGGAAUUGGUACCAGCUGUUAUUACCUUUAUUAAAUAUAAACGGUUCAUUAUGCACCGUACUUAUAUUAUAAUUAAUAAUGUGAUCAAUAAUAUUGUUGUUUUGGUGGUAGGUAUCUAAAUUAGAAAUUCAUCAUAAAUGAUUUUUUUUUUUUUUUUGAAGCGUUUACGUUAAAGUUAUUGAACAAACACAGUUCAGUCGAUGUUCUUGGUUACUACGAUCAUGUGUAAUGUACUGCAAUUAUUGCUAUAAUAUUUCAUAUUGUGUUGUUCGAGUUAAUUAUUGUUAUAGUUUCGUCAGUCUCUACAUUCAUACAGAAUGGAUUCUGAUUCGUUAGAUUGGAUAUGGGGAGAUUUUAAUAGCUCGCCUAAUCUGGCCGAAUUUAUUGAAGAAGAUGGAGACGAUAACUACGCAUUGUUUGAUAGUAAUAACGACGAUAAAUCAGAUACUAGCUCCGAUUCGAAUCUCAAUGACGAUUGUUCGUUGUUAAUUGGAGAUAAGAGAACAGCACAAGAACUGAAUGAAAUUGUCAAUGAUAUCAAGAAUCAAUAUGACAAAACUUUGUCUGAAUUAGAUUCGACGACUGAUGGUGAAAUCGAAGACGAAAAUCCCAAAGUUGUCGAUAAAUUUUAUACUGAUGCUUUGGAAAUAGUCAAAACUAAGUUGACGGAAAUCGAACUAGAAUGGUCGGAUACAUUGUAUCAUUGUACAGUAAACGAGAAAAACAUACCCGAAUCUUAUACAAAAACUACAAGUAUUGAAAAGCUGAUAAAUUUGUACGCCAACAAUUUUGUUGAACAGUUUAAAAUAAAAUAUCCAAAUAGAAAACAGUUGGUUUUAGUACUCCUAAACGAAUGUAGUGUACAGAAAUGUGUUUGCACUACAAUCAAACCAUCUCGAUUAGUUUACCCUAAUCUGAAAGAUUUGAUCAGUUACAGUGAAUUUGUUGCUAAACACAUAAGAUAUAUCAAGUUAGAAGAUCCUGAGGCUGUGCCUAACAAAAUCAUGUCUCCUACAACAACAUUAGAAAUGCAAACUGCUAACUGUUUUGAAAUGGCGAUACUAUUAGUAUCUUUUUUAAUUGGUUGUGAGUGCAAUGCUUUUGUUGUGUACGGUUAUGCCACAGACACCGUGAGUAAUAACGAUUUAACAAAAGUCAAGUUAGAUUGGGAAGAAAAUGCUGAUGAACACAAGUCAGAUUCUGAAAAUAUUAAGGAAGAUUUAGAUGAUGUGAAUUCUAUAAAAUCUAAGAAUGAUUUGUGUAGUAAAUAUGUUAAGUUUCUAAUAGAGGAAGAAGAAAAAAAGAAAAUAAUGGUCAAAGAUGAAGUUAAAGAGAUCAACUUUAAUUAUUCUUCUGAUCCAUUAUUUGGAAAACGAGUGCAUGCUUGGGUCAUGAUUAUACCAUUGGAAAAUGAGGCCGAAAGUAUGAACGAAAUUCCAUAUUUUAUUGAACCUUGUACGGGCGAGCGGAAGGAAAUUUCUAAUGAGAAUUAUAUUGGAAUAGAAGCGAUUUGGAAUAAUAAAAAUUAUUGGGUUAAUUUACAGUCAUUGAACGAAGGUUGUAUGCAGUACGAUUUUACUCUGACGAAUACAAAGUGUUGGGAACAUUUUUUACCAGAUAAAGAUCAAAGUUUACGAGGUGGGACAUUAGGUUUAAAAAAUGAUGAAAAUACAACAUUCAAACAUCUUGUGAUGCCUAACUCGUGGGUCAAAGUUUUACAAGUACCUAGGAAUAAAUAUCUUAUGCUAUAUCCAAACGGUAAAAAAGUUGUGACAUACAUGAAUGCAAUAAAAGAGUAUUAUUCUGAUUAUAUAAUGCCCGACGGAUUGAUUGAAAAAACCACAUUUUUUACUGAUUCCGAUUACGUUAAUAAAAAAAUUGUUACGGAAAUAUACAAAUAUAGAAUAGACAAGCUAAUCAGAGUUGAGACAAAAUAUACCACAAAAGAAAAUGAAACUGUAGAAUAUUUUAAAAGUGGCCGCGAUGACUUUUUAAAAACACAUAAGUUUUAUGGCGAUUGUAACAAUAUACAAACCAAACGUUUUGUUACGUUCUAUAAUUUGAGACUUGAUUCAAUGGCUGAAUUAAAAAUCGAUGAAAAUAGUUUCAUAACUACGUUUAAUGAUAGAUCAGAUCUAUUAUUUUGGCGCAAGUGUAUAUUUCAACAAACAGAAAAAAAUAAUAGCCAGAAUUUAAAUGUCAAAAGGAAAUCUAUGAGUAUCGUUGAAAAAUAUUUAAGAGAUAAAUCAAAACAUAAAGACCGAGAUAUUGCUACUAUAAGUUUUAAUCUCGAACUUAAUAGUAUUUACGUUCAAUACCAAUAUGGCGAAGAACAGAUAACUCAAUCAAGUAGAUUGUUUCAAAAGCCCUCUACUACAAGAAAAGAAGAUUUUGAUCCAAAAUCUGUUAUUGAAGAUAUUGUUUAUCCAUAUGAGGGGCAUUUGAAAACCCACGAAGCGUGUAUUAUGUUAAGAGAUUUGAUUGAAGCCGAAAAGGUAGCACUACAUAACGUAUCGAAACUAGAGGAUGAUAUUAUAAAAAUAAUCGAAAUCCGAAGUCGAGAACGAACAGAGUUCAAAUUGAAGAUCGAUUCAUUAGAUUGGGAUAGAAAUCAUAGGAUUAGAAAAUUACUCCAAAACGAAAAAGAUAAGAAGCUCGCUCUUUCUAAACGAGAUAAAAAAACAAACACUGACAAUUCUUUAUCGUAUUAUGUAAUUAUUAAACGAAACUUUACUCAAGAUAAGAAUGCCUUUAAUGUUCGUGAAAAAAUCAUAAACAAUUUUAGACAUAAUACCAAAAAACAGUUUAUACGAACUAAAACAUUAUUUAUAACGAAACAAUUCAAGUUACAAUCCAUGAUGAAGGCGCUAGAAGCCGACCAUUUCCAAGAGGUUGAAUUCAAAAAUAAAAUGUUAAUACUGUGUUCGUCGCUGAAAAAUGAACUUAACGCAUUGAUGUUAAAAAUGGAAAGAUACAACGAAACUCGUAUUGAGAGAUACAAUAACUUGAGUAAAUCAUCAUCUGUGUAUGGGGUAACAUACACCUUAUUCUAACAAGGGUGAAACUGUUGCUAUGGGAAC